CCUCAACCGCGUCCACAAAAAGUGUCCUGUUGCACGAGGAAUCUUCCUUAGCAACCGUGGAUAAACAUGAGUUACUACAGUAUAAGCUGGAUCCUCUUGUGUUGCCUGAAGUCAUGGUAACACCUCUGAGCCUCCCCAACCACUGGUAGCUGUCACUCCCCUGGGUGGGACGGAGCUACUCUUUCUCAGUGACAUAACAGCAGAGAUGUUGGAGCCUGCGGGUCUUUCUGUUAGACCCUCCAGCUCUGCAAGCUUCUCCUCCAACUCAACAACAAGUGGCAUUGAAGACGACAGCUCCACUCUCAUGCAGCAGAAACUAAAAAAACAGAGAGCUCUACUGGAGCAGAAGCAGAGGAGGAAACGUCAAGAGCCCCUCAUGGUCCAGCCAAACACAGAGGCCAGGCCCCGGCGCUCCAGGACAGGGCGGGGAGAAGAGCAGGCCCCACUGGUUGACUCUCAGCUCAGCGUCACCAACGAUGUCAUAAUGGAUGGUAUCGAUGGCCCAGCAGCUUUUUUAGGCUCAGAAACAGCCGACCAGGGCAUGAAAAUCCAAAUCCUUUCUGUGAGCCAGUCCCAGUCCCCAUCUCAGUCUCCGUCUCAGUUCCAGCUACAGCCUCAAUCUCAGCCCCAAUCCCCCGCUGCCGAAGAGCCCGAGAGAGACGGAGACACUGAGACGCUGCUGGAGCCCAAAACAGACAUCCACGAAUUACUGAAGAAACAAGGUCUGUGUGGCAGCAUGAAUUUUGACGAAGACAGCGAGCAUGAGGACGACGUCGAGGAAGGCCGGAUGCGUUCCAUGUCCCCAAACACAGACACAACCAGACCGUCUUCUGCGGCCAGUGGAAAAGACAUUUCGGAGCUGGUAACCCCCGGGUCACCCACAGCAGACAGCACACUAAUCGACGUGGCCAAUCUGGAGGAGUUUGUGUUUCGUCCUGCACCGCGCGGUGUCACCGUUAAAUGUCGAAUCACCCGGGACAAGAAGGGCAUGGACCGCGGCCUCUACCCUACCUACUUCAUGCACAUGGAGAAAGAGGACGGCAAGAGGGUGUUUCUGCUGGCAGGUAGAAAGAGAAAGAAGAGUAAGACGUCUAACUACCUUAUCUCAGUAGAUGCCACUGAUUUGUCGAGGGAGGGAGAGAGCUUCAUCGGCAAAUUGAGAUCCAACCUCAUGGGCACCAAAUUCACCGUGUACGACAACGGCACCAAUCCUUGCAAAAACCCCGGAGCACUGCUGGAGGAGAGCAACAAACGGCAGGAACUAGCUGCCAUCUGCUACGAAACCAACGUGUUAGGAUUUAAAGGACCACGAAAAAUGACUGUGAUCAUCCCUGGAAUGAACAUGAACUUUGAAAGAGUUCCUGUACGGCCUCAAAAUGAGCAGGAGAGCCUCCUGAGCAGGUGGCAGAAUCACACAAUGGAAAACCUCAUCGAGCUGCACAAUAAGGCCCCUGUGUGGAACGAUGACACCCAGUCGUAUGUCCUAAACUUCCAUGGCCGCGUCACCCAAGCUUCAGUGAAAAAUUUCCAAAUAGUUCACGACAACGACCCUGACUACAUCGUCAUGCAGUUCGGCCGAGUGGCUGAAGACAUCUUCACUCUGGACUACAACUACCCCAUGUGCGCCCUCCAAGCCUUCGCCAUCGGCCUAUCAAGCUUCGACAGCAAGCUGGCCUGUGAAUAAACUCUGACUGACACCUUUCCUGCCUGCCCUCACAUCUCCACCAGGAGACUUUUAAUGCUGAUUUUUGAAGAAAUCAUGUCAAAAUAUUAUCAGUACAUGCAUUUAUUUUAUUUGCACAUUUGUGUACACUUAAAGGGAAAAACACAACACUAAUCUGUGCUGGAGACAAAGGUCCUUGGCAGACAUCAGGUGCAGAAAGAACUGAUGUUUAAUUUAUGACUUACUCAUAGUUUGAAGGGUGGUGAUGACGUGUGUUUGAAUCAUGUUUUUACACUUGUUUUUGUUGCGUUAAUACCAGCUGGUAUGUCUCUUUUAGGAACAUCCAUCAUUUUAAAUUUUACACUAUAUUGACCUGUAAUCUGGCGCCAUCUUCAGGCAAAAACUCAGAAUUAGGUAUGAUUUGUUCCUUUAUUUUUCCACCAGUUAAUCAUGCUUUUUCACCAACAUACUGUGCACAACAAUCACUGUCCUUCAGAAUUUCACUGUUGUUUACAUCUUUAAAUGUCUCUGCAUUGUUUAAUCUGCCAUCUGCUUAUAAUGUUCUUUCAUUAUCAUGUUUUCAUCUUUCUUUUUAAAAUUAUGUGGAAGGUGAUUUAUUCCAAACAGCUCUGUCUUAAUUUUUUGUGUUAUUUGUGAAUAAGUGUCAUUUUUAUCUUGUUACUGUGACUUUUCUUUAUUAAAAAACGCUGGGUUAUCAUGGAAAACAAAACAUAAAUGCAGAAUUGCACAAUUAAAAGAAAGAAUAUAAAUCCUGUACAUAAAACAAGACAACAUCCUCUUAUUUGGUGCUUUUAAGAGCUUUUUUUUUUUAGGAUAUAGAUUAUAUUGAGAUUAUGUCAUCAGCACACAAUUUGCCAGGACUGUUCCUAUUGAAACAACAAUGUCACUCCAUACAAAGUAGGUCUACUAGUAAAACACGCUUUCAGCACUGUGUAACUUUGGCAGUGAGCCAUGGUUCUCUAACCUCUGGCGUUGUUGCUUUAGUUCAUUCUCCAGCCUGUUGUUAUUUGGAUCUGCUCACUAUUACAAAACUUGAGACCUGCUUUUAUCAAAACAUGUAAAAUAACAGGCUUUUAAAAGAGACUGGGCUUUAAUUUGAAUGGGCUUUCAAAGCCCAGUUCAAAAAAAAAAGUUGGGAUGCUGUGUAAAAUGUGAAUAAAACAAUGGCACUGUUUGCAUAACCUUGCUAUAUUUAUAACACAAAGACAUGAUAAAAGGUUAGGACAGACACAUGCUACAUCACUUUCUUCUAUCAACACUGUAAGCGUAUGCAGACUGACACUAGUUUUGAAAGCGGAAUUCUUUAUUGAUAUACAAUCUAAGUUGCUCUCCAGUGAGGUUUCUCUCUUUGACUGUGAAGCCAUGCUGUUGUAACCCUUGCAGGAUGAGGUUUAGCACUGUCUUACUGAAAUAAGUAGGGGCAUCCCUGAAAAAGACGCAUGUUUUGACAAAACCUGCAUGUAUCUCAUAUUUUAUUGUGCCUUCACAGAUGUGUGUCACCCAUGUCACGGGCACUAAUACACCCCGACAUCAUCACAGAUGCUGCCUUAUGAAAUUUAUGUUGAUAACAAUCUGGAUGGUCCUUUUCCUCUUCAGCCUCUUUUGUAUUAAAAAAUUGAUAUGUGGACUCAUCGAAUCACAGCACACUUUUUCCUUUUAGGCCAGUCAAUAUGAAAUGAGCUCAGAGAAAUCAGUUACACUCCUGGAUAUUGGCUUUGCCUUUGCAUGGUGGAGUCUUAUCUUACAUUAUGGAUGCAGUUGUGUGUUAGCUGAAAAAGGUUUUCUGAAGUGUACUCUAGCCCAUGUUAAAAAUGCAUGAUAUUAUUGGCAGAUAUCAACGUUUCUGCCGACAUUUAAAACCGGUAUUUUGGCUGUGAAUAUCAGCGUAUAUCAACUGUAAAUUUUUGCCAUUUGUACUGAGAAGUCUAAAGUUUUAGGCUGCAUACCUGUGCCAGUCUAAGUAUUUUUCUUUGAUAGUUCUCAAGUUUGGUCAUCUUUGUAUAUUAAAAUGUGUUCAAUGGACUGGAGUUUUAGGUCUGAAAUACUUAAUUGAAUGUUGGUAUCAGCUUAAAUUAAUCUGUAAAUGUUGAUAUAUCAGAUAUCGGCAAGAAAUCCAACAUUAUACAUCCCAGCCAAUGUUAUAUCCAUCACAAAAUAAUGCUUUUUUAAAACAAUGCCUACUCGUUCACUAUUAGUUUUCAGCUCUGCAUCUCACAAGCAGUUUCCCCCAGAUUCUCUGAAUCUUUCAAUGAUAUUAUGGACUAUGGUGAAAUCUACAUUCUUAGAAACUGCACAUUGAGGAACGACUGUUCUUAAACCAUUCAAUACACACAGAUGUCGUCAAAGUAUGAAACCUUGCAUCAUGAACUGAGCCUUUCAUGAGUGCUCCUUUCAUUCCCCAAGCAUGGUUGUCGCCUGCUAUCAUUUAACCUCCCUGUUCAAAAUUUAAGGUGUUUUUUUUUUUUUUAAAGCAUUUCACAUCUCCCCCAGUCUUGUCCUUUCCCUGCCCAACCUUUAAAGGAAUAUG